UCAAAACAACCCGUCUUUUUAAGCUUUCAAACUGUUAAAUACCAGAUAACUUUUCACCACCCCCUAAAAACUACAUCCUCCCUUUUUUGCCUUUUGAUUGACCGCUCCAUAUUUUUUUUUUCUUCCAUGCUGAAUUUUCCUCCUGCUGGAGAAAGGAGAAAAAAAACAACAGUGGGGGAACUGAGAGGAAGAAGCCACGGCGGAAAAUAAAGGAGGUGGAAGAAAAAGUGAAAUAACAGAAGAUUAGCGGGAAGAUUGGAGGGACAGGUUGGGGACCAGAGCGAGCACAUAUUUUGCAAGUGGAGCACAGACUUGCCAUAUAUAAAUAUAUUUUUAAGAAGUGCCAGCUUUUAACUGAAGAUUUUUUUUUUCAUCUCUGCAAUAAAAAGGACGUGACACCAUGACAACGGAAAUGCAGGAAAUCGCCAUCACAGAGGACAAGCCUUUACUCACGGGUCAGGCUGAUACCACCAAGGAUGCUGAACUGGCUGCUAGGAUACUCCUGGACCAGGGACAGGAGCAUAGUAUCGAGACCCCGCAUGGCGUUCUGCACGUGACCCUCCACGGCGCACGAACCACCCGUAGGCCCGCUAUACUUACCUUCCAUGAUGUCGGUCUGGACAGUAAGAGCUGCUUCUCCACUCUCUUUAAGUUUGAAGAGAUGCAGGAGAUCGUUAAGAGUUUCACCCUGAUUCACAUCGACGCUCCGGGGCAGGACGAAGGGGCCGCCACCUACCCCACGGGUUACCAGUAUCCCUCCAUGGAGACCAUUGCAGAGAUGAUCCCUGCUGUCCUGCAGUUUUUCAACUUCCGUACUGUAAUUGGAGUGGGUGUGGGAGCAGGAGCGUACAUCCUCUCCAAGUUCACACUUGCGAACCCAGAUGCAGUGGAGGGUCUGGUACUGGUCAACAUCGAUACUAAUGCCAGAGGAUGGAUGGACUGGGCCGCGCAGAAACUCAGCUCUGUGACGUCUUCCCUCACGGAGCAGGUCCUGUCCCACCUUUUCAGUCAGGAGGAGCUGUCGUCAAACACAGAUCUAGUGCAGUCUCACAGAGAUCGUAUCUCUAAGUCAUCUAAUUUGUUCAACAUAGAGCUCUUCUGGAAGGCUUACAACAGUCGCAGAGACAUGAACCUCGACCGCAAUAGCACCUUCAAGUGUCCAGUAAUGUUGGUGGUGGGCGAUCAAGCUCCAUAUGAGGACGCUGCUGUGGAGUGCAACAGCAAACUGGACCCCACAACAACCUCUUUCCUAAAGAUGGCUGAUGCUGGUGGUCUCCCUCAGCUGACCCAGCCUGCAAAACUCACUGAGGCUUUCAAGUAUUUCAUCCAGGGAAUGGGCUACAUGGCGUCCUCUUGCAUGACCCGUCUGUCCCGUUCCCGCACCACCUCCCUGUCCUCCUCCUACUCCAUGGAUGGGUCCCGCUCUCGCUCCCGCACCCUGUCCCAGGGCUCGCAGGGUGGCCAGAUGCCGCCGAGCCCCUCCCAAACGAUGGAGGUGUCAUGCUGAAGAAGAAAAAAACAAAAAAAAGAAAGAAAUAAAAAGAGCGAGUGAGAGUGAGAAAGAGCGCGAAAGGGAAAGAUGAAGCGUGACAGUAAUGCAGGAUCAAGAUGAAAGGGUUACCUUUUUGUCACUAAAAACAAAACUCCCAUCAUUCCCCACUUGAGCAGAAUAGAGAUAUCGAGGGGCGAGGAGAGGGAGGGGGAGGAACCAGGUGAUUUUAAAGGAAGAUAUAUUUCACAUUUUGCACCAUAAAUAAGUCUAAUCCAUCUCCCCAUUGCCCCAACUGUGUUCUACAGUGAAUGGAAGAUGAGGUGAUUAUAAACAGAUGGGGGAGGGGAAAGAACAGCCACUAGUCCUCUCUCCCUCCCUCUGUUGCAGCCAAUAGAGCCCUUUAAUUUAGAUAAGGGGCGUGACCUCUAGAGACCACGCCCCUUGCAUUAACCAAUAGUAAUAAUUCUGAAAGCUGUAUUGUUGUUGAUGCUGAUGAUUUUGUUGUUGAUGACGAUAUUGAAGCUAACGAUGAUGACGACGACGAUGAUGUAGAAAACAGUAACACUUUUCUCUUUAUUACACGAUGACUUUAAAACAACAUAGAUGAAAAAAAAAAAAUACUAUA